ACGACACAAGAGGAAAACGUGCUGCUGCCGUCUCCUAGGGCUAUAUGCAUUGCAAAUGACGGAUUUAUUUGUUACCCUCGACCCUCAAACCAGACUGUCAAGAAAAACAUGACCAGAAUUGAUUCAGCAUUAUGUAGCUGGGAGUGGCUUGUCGAUAUCAGGUGCUUCCGGUAAGCGAGACUGGGAAACCAAGUGGGCUCUCCACUGCCUCAACUGACCAUCUCGACUCGAAACGUGUUUUAAUAAUGAGAUAUAAUAGGCUUGCAAAAUAUCUGCUCCUAGCUGGAUUAAUGUUUUUUGUAGUGAGUGUCUUUUUGAAAAUCGGAUACUACUUUGAACCGAAGAUCGAUCGCCACACGCCGAUUGAUGAAGAGUUGUAUAAAGUUGUAUCACCUUCAACUUACAAAUACAUCCUGAACCAACCUUCGGCGUGUGAACACAAUCCAUACCUGGUAUUGAUGGUCCCGGUAGCACCUGGAGAUGCUGCUUCAAGGGAGGCGGUUAGGAACACAUGGGGACAGCGAGAUUUGGUCCCAAACCUCAAAAUCAUUAAACUCUUUUUCGUCGGUGUCUUGGAAGGAGAAGAAGGAGAAAAGUCAGAAACUGCUAUUGCAGAAGAAAACUUGAACCAUGGUGACAUUGUUAUGAUGGACUUCUUGGACAGUUAUCGCAAUCUGACAGUGAAGACUAUGAUGAUGAUGAACUGGAUUGCAAUUAAUUGCCAAAGUGCCUCUUAUGCUAUGAAAAUUGAUGCCGAUAUUUUCCUUAAUAUCUAUUACCUCAUCAACUUUUUGCCUUUUCCAGCAACAAAUAAUUACAUUACUGGAUCGGUCAUCAAUGAUGGCAUGCCUCGUAGGGCUGAGAACAGCAAAUGGUAUCUGUCAAAAGACAUCUAUCCAGAUUCCACAUUUCCACCGUAUGUGUCAGGGGCUGCGUAUGUGUUCUCAACAGACCUCGCAGCAAAGAUAUCAUUGGUUUCAAGAUUUGUGCGACCAAUUCCAUUAGAAGAUGUCUAUGUGGGAUUAUGUCUGAAGAUACUCGGAGUCAGGCCUGUGUAUGGUAGAGGCAUGUUUUGGCUGCGAAAUCUGUUUGAAGUGCGUCACCUGAACUAUAACAGAUGUACUUUUGCCAAACUUAUCAUCAUUACAGACUUUUCACCGACUGAGCUCCUGAAGAUCUGGCCAGAUUUUCAGAAAAACCAUACAUGCUAAUAUAUGUUGUAUACGCCAAUCAAACCAAAUACCUCUUCUGAAUUCCCCAGUGCUGUUAUGGUGGUUAGAUUACCUUCUCUUUAGGACAUGUGGAUAAUUAAGGGUGAGGACAAGAAACCCUGACUGCAGGGUUUAUACUCUAUGUACUUAUUUGUAAAUAAGUGCCUUUGUGUAUUUGGCUCAGCAUAUUCUUACUUAUUAACUAUACCAAAGAAUUUGACAUUAAAGUAUAACUGAUGUGUGUA